CCAUUUACGGAGUGCGGUCUUUCCAAUGCGCUCAUUAAAUUUUCAGCAUGUUAGACGCAAAAUAAAUUCAUUGACGCGCGUGUCUCUUAAUAAAUCGUAAUAUUUGGCUAGCAAGAAGUCUUCGUUUUGUGUUCUGGAUUGACUAUGUGGAAUAGGUCAACGACUGCAACUGGCGAAAAGACAAGCAUGAAAGACGACGUGCGAAAGGAGAAUGAACAGUUGUGCAUAGAGUUGGACAAUCUUGGUCGAGAGCAUAAGAAACUGAAACAGAUAGUAGACCAGCUGUCCACGGACUACGAGGAAUCGAAGGCGUACGAUCCAUUAAGGCGGUAUGAGAAACUGAAGGGCAUGGUGAAACGGACAAUUAUGCACUUGAAACUGAACCCCGAUGAACCGAACACAAUCCAGGCGGGAGUUGUUGGUGGCCUCAUGCAGGGCUGCAGGGACAUAAGCCAUCAGGCGGAGAGUGCGAGGAGGCGAGAAGAUAAAUACUCAAAAAUGUCCAGACAAGAGUUACAACAAGAAAACGUGCACCUGCAAACCCAAGUUCGAGAAAUGCGACGAAAGUGUGCAAUUAUACGUGACGUCAUAGACAAUUUGCAGAAACAUUUCAACGCUUCAAAACGCCACCCUGCCAUCCAGCGUUACAACAUGCUGAAGGCCAUGGUAAAAACUGUAAUACAUGAUGAACUUAUAUAAUCUUUAUGCCGGAUUGCAAACUGCCACCUAGGACAUAUAAUGCUGGGCAUUCGCAAUUUCAGUUACAAAUGGUAUGUAAAUUGACCGAUCCAUAUGCGUGCGUCCGUUGAGAUGUUUUGAAAAGUGUUUGUUUAUAUGUGCAUGUUGGCGCAUGUAAUGUUUGCCAAACAAAUUGCUACCAUGUUUGUAAGAGUUUUAUAAGUAUACAUUUUCCAAUUGCCAUGAAUGUGUGUGGGCAUGUGGAAUAUUCAAAGCACACGACAAUAUAAUUUGUAUUAAACACGUUGAGAAAUGUAACUCUUUAUUUGAAAGAAUGCUACACAUUUCUUUUUUUUCCAGAA